UACAUAUAUGCGCACAAAGGAGUUUUAUUUCUACUGUGUAGAGAGCAUAAAGAUGAACAUUGCGAUUUAGUUUUGUAACGAAAAUUGAUGUGUACGUAAAUGUUGAUUAAAAAAGAAUAAACAAACACGUAAAACGAAUGUUGGAUUAAACGAAAUGAAAAUUGUCGUUAAGUAGAACGCAUCGCGAACCAAAGAUUUAAUGUUUUUUGUUUCACUUUUCUUCUGCACGAGAGAUGGCGCUAAUUGUAGUUGUUUCUCGAAUGUCACGAAGGUAGCGGUUUUAUUAUUUUCCAUUUCAUAUGUAUAGAAAAUACAUACAUAUCGAGGUACUGUAAAUAAUUCAAAGUUAGUACUGACAAGAAUACUAUUUCAUUGAUACAAAAGACAAUGAUACCAGACAAAAACGACAAUUAAGAGCUGCUCUUGUUUCGAAGAAACAACGAACGAGUCAGGGUUUGAACCUGUUCGAAUGAUAAUUUCGUGAUUCGACGCUCGGAUGCUGUCCGAGAUACACAUUUGAAACGAAUACAUUUGUUUCUAACGCGGGGAGUGUAACACACUUAUUUUUGAACUUUCAUACGAGGUUCGAAUGGCAAAAGCAUCGAGAAUCGUGAGAGUUUUCUCGUGUGAUUUAUCGUAGUUUUCGUUCAUAUGUACGCGCCGUUUUCUAUUCCAUAAAUUGUUGAUACAUCGAUAAGGACUAAUUCGAAAAUGGUACCUCUCGGACCAUCGCCAGGACAUCAAACAUCCGUCAAUAAUGCGGCAGCUGCUCCUUCCAGUGGAACCAAGAGCAGUUCGACGCUGAAACCAAAUUAUACUCUAAAGUACACCUUGGCAGGUCAUACUAAAGCAGUUUCUUCCGUGAAAUUUAGUCCCAAUGGAGAAUGGCUUGCAAGUUCUUCUGCAGAUAAACUGAUAAAGAUAUGGGGAUCGUACGACGGGAAGUUUGAAAAAACUAUAUCUGGUCAUAAACUAGGUAUCUCGGACGUAGCCUGGUCCAGUGACAGUAGACUAUUAGUAUCCGCAUCUGACGAUAAAACAUUGAAGAUUUGGGAAUUAAGUUCUGCCAAGUGUUUGAAGACUUUAAAAGGUCACAGUAAUUACGUUUUUUGUUGUAAUUUCAAUCCACAAUCAAAUCUUAUAGUAUCCGGUUCUUUUGAUGAAAGCGUUCGAAUAUGGGAUGUAAGGACCGGAAAAUGUUUGAAGACGUUACCUGCUCAUUCGGAUCCUGUAAGCGCAGUGCACUUUAAUAGAGAUGGAUCGCUGAUAGUAUCUAGCAGUUACGAUGGAUUGUGUCGGAUUUGGGAUACAGCGUCCGGUCAAUGUUUAAAAACUUUAAUAGACGAUGAUAAUCCGCCAGUGUCCUUUGUAAAGUUUUCACCAAAUGGAAAAUAUAUCUUAGCGGCCACGCUAGAUAAUACAUUAAAACUUUGGGACUAUAGUAAAGGAAAGUGUCUGAAAACUUAUACCGGACAUAAAAACGAGAAAUAUUGUAUAUUCGCAAAUUUUUCUGUAACAGGGGGAAAGUGGAUUGUUUCUGGUUCUGAAGACAAUAUGGUAUAUAUUUGGAAUUUACAGACCAAAGAAAUAGUUCAAAAAUUGCAAGGUCACACAGAUGUUGUGCUCUGCACGACCUGUCAUCCUACGGAUAACAUUAUAGCCUCAGCCGCUCUCGAAAGUGAUAAAACGAUUAAAUUAUGGAAGAGUGAUACGUAAAAGAGAAACAGGUUACUUGCCAGGUCCAAGAAAUUUCUCUAAAUUGCGUUCAUGUACGUUAAAGAGACAUUCUUUUUUUAGUCUUGUACGUUUUCGCAAUUUUCGUUUGUAGAAUCAUUCAGAAUUUCGUCAGUUGAGAUUCGUCUUCCGUGCAACACGAAAAUUGGUGUACCAAUCUUUAAUAACGCAGCUCGCAACACGGAAAACGUAUAUUCAAAAAUAUACGAGCGUCAAUCUACUGUGAGAGUCCGUUAAGAGACGAAUAGAUUUAAGGUAUUAGACAAUAGUCAAGCUUGAAUUAACGAUUAAGAAAAAGUAAUUGGACGCGAACAUAAACUAUCGUUAGUAGAACUAUACGUAAAUGAACGAUUGUUACUCAUCGUUUCGAUAUUUAUUGUAUAAAUAAUCAUCGCUCCAUUUUUACAACUUUGUCACUUGCAAAAUUCGGAUAUGCAUUUUGUCCUCUAUAGUUGGAAACACACGUGUGAACACAAUACGUACACACACCAUUCAUUCGUUCAUUCUCUCUCUCUCUCUCUCUCUCUCUCUCUCUCUCGCUCGCCCUUCUUCCUGCCCUGUGUUUGCCUUUCCUUUAGGUGUUUCUAUCUGUCUUUCUUUUUCUCUCUCUCUCUCUCUCUUGUCAGUUCAUAGAGACGGGCGUGCAUGACACUCACAAAUUGAAAAUACCCAGAGAGAUAUCUCAAAGUUUUACAAAUACCGUGUAUAAUAUUUCAAGUUAUGUGAAAGAAGAAAAAGGACGGAAAGCUAAUCAAAACGAUGCUUGUAUCGAAACGUUUAUGUGAAUAAAUCGGGAAUAAACAUAUAUUUUCGUACCUGAAAAUAGCAUGUUUUUUCUUGCACUCGAUAUCCCUUUUUUUUCUUUUUUUCCCGUUUUUUUUCUACAAACAAGAAUGACACGAUUCGUUUAAUUCGUUUAAUUUGUUUUCAUUCGGGAGCCAACAGUUUCGUAUCAAAAUUACAACUGCAAAUGAAUAUUUGAUAUUUUAUUAAAGCACAGACUUGUUUUUCCAACGUACAAUUACAGAGCUGAGUAACACAACACGCGCGAUAAUACAGUAAAUGGAUUUCUCUUCUACAGAAAGCAAGUUAACUCGCAAUUUACAAAGCGAGAAUAUUAACUGCAUUUUCCUUUAGCCGAUAGUAGUCGAGACUCGACGAAGGAGUUGAGAGGGCAGACGAACGCGAUGAUAAUGUUUACGAAGCCGAAACAAACGAAAGAAUAACAAAAAGAAAAAAAAAGAACAAACAAACAGAGAAAAACCGGACAUUUUGAGGACAAGUGUUAUUACAUUUAUGUAAAAGAACCAUCUUUUUCUUUCAAUUUAAUUAAAUUCACCUAUUCGUAUUAUUUCAUGGGUUAUUCGCUAACCGAGACUUUGUAGAAUGUCACUUAUGUAGGUAGAAGGAUUCAUUAUUU